CCCAAGAAGAAGAAGAAGUAAACAACACAAGCUCUAGUACCGUUAGCUGUAUGUGUUGAAUUAGCUGGAAGACGAUAUAGUAGUCCUAGCGCAACCACUUAUUUCAUUUGUAAUUAAGCAACAAUGUCUUCAGUUGAGUGUUUGAGAGAGUUUGUCAACGAGCGACUAACUGCUGCUGCUGAAGAAAUAUUCGGAGUUUUUAAAAAAACUAUCGUCGAGUACGAGGAAGAGAUCGAUCGUCAGCGCAGACUGCUGGAUAUCUUUUGGAAACCCGAAAUAAAGUUACACAGGAUAGAGCUCCCACAGCAACAUGUCUGUACGGAGGAGGAGGUUCUGGCUGACCAGCAGCUCUGUAUUCAGGAGAGGAACUCCAGUCUGGACCAAGAGGACCCAGAGCCUCCACAGAUUAAAGAGGAACAGGAGGAACUCUGCACCAGUCAGGAGGGAGAGCAGCUUGUACUGAAGCAGGAGGCUGAUGCCUUUAUGUUGACUCCUACUGAUGAGGAAAGUGACCACAGUGAACCAGAACCAAACAGGGACCAGCAGCUCCUCUCUCACAACUCUCAUGCAGCUGAGAGCCAAGAUCAGAAAGGAGGCAAGCAUGGAGACUCAGGAUCAACUAGAGAUGCAGAACCAGAACCACAGAAGAGACAGCACACAAUCAGAAGUCACAUUAACAAUGUAUACCACUCUACCUUGUCAGAGAUUCACCAUAAUCCUCACACAGGUAAAAAGUCUUUAAAAUGUGACACAUGUGGAAAAGCUUUUAAGUAUAAGUCAUCUUUGCAGACACACAUGAGAACCCACACAGGUGAGAAGCCGUUCAUUUGCAAGACCUGCGGGAAAAGAUUCAUUGAAAAAUCACAAUUGACAAAGCAUAUAAGAACCCACACUGGUGAGAAGCCGUACCUUUGCAAGACCUGCGGGAAAUCAUUCCGUCAGAUAUCAGCUUUAUCAGAUCAUAUAAGAAUCCACACAGGUGAGAAGCCAUAUUCAUGCAAAACAUGUGGGAAAGAUUUCAGAGUUAGCAGUGUCUUGAAAGUCCACAUGAGAAUCCACACAGGUGAGAAGCCGUACGUUUGCCAGAUCUGCGGGAAAAGAUUCAGUGUAAUUUCAAGAUUGAAAAGGCACAUGAGAAUCCACACAGGUGAGAAGCCAUAUUCUUGUGAAACAUGUGGGAAAGACUUCAGGAUUAGUGAUCACUUGAAAGUCCACAUGAGAAGAGCCCACACAGGUGAGAAGCCGUACCUUUGCAAGACCUGCGGGAAAAGAUUCUAUGGGGUUUCAGAUUUGAUAACACAUAUGAAAAUCCACACAGGUGAGAAGCCGUAUACUUGCAAAACCUGCGGAAGAUCUUUUAGACAAAGUGGUGAUUUGACAGUCCACAUGAGAAUCCACACAGGUGAGAAGCCAUAUUCAUGCAAAACAUGUGGGAAAGAUUUCAGAGUUAGCAGUGGCUUGAAAGUCCACAUGAGAACUCACACAGCUGAGAAGCCAUAUCUUUGCAAGACCUGCGGGGAAAGAUACGUUGAGGCGUCUGAUUUGGCAAAGCACAGAAAAUCGCAUACAGGGAAGUAGCCUGGUAUUUGCAAAAUAUGUGGGAGACGAUUCAGUUCUAGUGGUUUGUGGUCAAAACACACAAGAUCUCAGAGAAGUGAGGAGCCAAAUAACUGCAGCACAUGUGGGAAAAGUUUUACUCAAAUCACAUACUUGAAAAAACACCUGAGGAUCAAUAUUCACAGGAGAAACCACCGAGCAAGAAGUCAGAUUUGAGGGUUACUGACAUCACUGUAUAUUACAAUAUAAGAACUAUUAAAUGUGAA